AUGACAUCCAGCCUCAAACAUCUCCCUCGGCUACUCCCCCGGGUCACCCGCACCGCCACCCCAACAAUCGCAUCCUCCUCCCGCACUGUCCCGCUCUCCUCUAUCCUCCACUCGACACCACGCAUCCCGCAAGUCCAGAACAAAAAUGCCCUUAACCGCAACACAAGCCGCACCUUCACCUCGAGCACACUACGAGCGCGCGCAAAAACAAUGGGCCAACUCCGCGCCCGCAACUCCACCGGCCCGUUCUCGUGGAAAGCGGCGCUGCUUUUCAUCGUAACUGGGGCCGGGAUGAUUGUGUACUUCCAGGUUGAGAAGGAGAGGUUGGCGAGGAAGCGCGUUGCGGAGAUGAGUAAGGGUGUUGGGAGGCCGAAGGUUGGGGGGCCGUUUGUGCUGAGGGAUCUGGAGGGGAGGGAGUUUACGGCGGAGGAUUUGAAGGGGAAGUAUUCAUUUGUUUACUUCGGAUUCACGCAUUGCCCCGAUAUCUGCCCAGACGAACUUGACAAAAUGGCCGAGAUCAUCGACAAGGUCAACGAGGCGACUGGCGAUCCGAGCCUCUUCCUGCCUGUGUUUAUCACGUGCGAUCCUGUUCGCGACACGCCUGAAGUCCUGCGCGAAUAUCUGAAGGAGUUCCAUCCGAAGAUCGUCGGGUUGACGGGGACGUAUGAGCAGGUGAAGCAUGUGUGCAAGAUGUACCGGGUGUACUUUAGUACGCCGCGGGAUGUGAAGCCCGGAGAGGAUUAUUUGGUGGAUCAUAGCAUUUAUUUCUAUCUUAUGGAUCCCGAGAACGAUUUCGUCGAAUGUAUCGGCCGGCAAGAUACCCCCGAGUCGGCCUCGAAGGUGAUUCUGGAGCACAUCAACGAUUGGAAGCGUGAGGGCCGGGCGUUGACCGGCAGACAACAAUAG